AUGAAACUGAAUCUUUUCAAGAAUAUCAAAACGAAGCCAUCUUCCGUUACUGCAAUGUCCUCGAACAACAGUACGAUAGUUCUUUUCAGAAAAAACAGAACCUUAGAGCUUAUUGACUCCUGCACUCUUGCACCAUACUUUACUACGGAACUCGAAUACAAAGUUGUUUCCAGUAACUUUGUUGAUUUUCAUGUUGUGGCCUGUGGAACAGAGUGCGGAAAGCUUGUAUUUUUCAAUACAAAGACUUUUGAUAUAGUGCAUAGCGAUGCUGGCGGUGUUCCCUCGAAUAUUACAGCAAACUCAUAUGGGCUUGAUUACAAGCAAAAUUCGUUUUAUUACUCCGUUGGAUGCAACGUAUAUGAGAGAAAAAAUAUGGAUGCAGAUCUCUUAUACAGAGGAUACUCCACGAUUACAUCUCUCCUUCUUUCGCCCGAUCAAUCGUUAGUUAUUGGAGACUCUGAUGGAAAGAUAAAGGUCAUAAAAUCUGGAAAGAUGACAUCCGAACUCCAGCUUUCUUCUGGAAAGAUAAAUAUGAUAUGCCACAUCACGGGAAGUACAUACGUUUCUGUAUGCGACGAUGGGAGUUUUUCGUACUUUGACACGGACAUAGGAGUUAUUCUACAGACGACUAGAGUAAGAAGCAGCCCGCUCAAUGUGUGUGCAUAUUUAAACGAAAAGCUCCAUCUAUCUGGUGCAGAUUCCAGAAUAAUUGCAUUUUCAAAAAAUGGAAGGAAGUUUAUAAAGUCCUAUCAGGUUGACACACACUACGCUGAAGUUAGAAACAUUGAAGUGGACAAUGGAAGAAUACUUACCUCCGGAGAAGAUACUAUUUUAAGCGUUGUAUGGCCUGCAUCGAAUAGAUACUUUGAAAACAAAAUCUUCCAACGAACUGUUGAGCUUGGGACGUCAAAGACUAGCAGAAUGUUUUAUAUCAACAACAGAUUGUCUGUCGAUUUUUAUUCAUUUGACCUUGAUGUCGACGAUAUGUCCAAAGGUAGCAAUGAGGAAAACUGUGAAGUGGUGGAGAAUUCUAUGCAGGAUGGUAAAGAAGCAACCUUUAGGCUUUCCAGGUCCUCAGCAGGAAAUAUUGGGUACAAAAAGCAAGACUACAGAUACAAAGUCAAGAUAUGCACAGAGGGAAACGCCCUUUGCUCUUCUGCACCCGAUGACUUUAGUUAUGUGGCAUACUCUAACUCUGCAGAAACCAGAGUUAUAGACCUUAACUCUCCUGAAGGGAUCCAGGUUAAAAACGGCUUUGACAAGGCUAAUAGAUUAAUUGCAAAAAAGGACUUACUUGUAUUACAAAACUGUAAGCACGAGAUUCUUCUUAUUGAUCUCCUUACUGGUAAUGAGCCCAGAAAGAUAACUUUUGAUGAUUACAGAGAGGCAAUAUAUAUGGUAGGGGAUUUACUAAUCCUGGGAUAUUCAAAAAUUAUAUACUCAACAAGCGACAUAAGUAUUUCAUCAACGAUGGAUAUAGAGGGCGAAGUUAUUGAUGUUUGUGAGUAUAACGAGACACACUUUAUUGUCUUUACCAUGAUCAAGUCUUUCGAGCCUAAGAAAAAGUAUCUUGUGUACAAGGUCUCUUUUGGCAACGGACACAGUGCUGAAAAAGUGAAGUUCUUUGAAACUUACGCGUUGGUCACAUCUAUUUCGUUGUUCAGGGACAAGAUUAUUUUUACAAACUUUAAUGCCAUUCAAAUGCUUAAUAAUGAAAUGAAGGAAGAAAAAUAUCCAUUGGGGGCUGUCAUCUAUGGUUGCAAGGCAAUGAAGGACGAGGUCGUAGCAAUCCAGGACUCGUGGAACAAUAUAAGGCUUGAACUGCCGCCAAGCGUCUUCAAGGAAAAAUUUUCUAAUAAAUGA